AUCGUGUCUGCUUGCAACAGGCCAUGCAAGAGAUCUCGGGACGAUUACGAGGUUGGAGGCGCCACUAAGUUCCUGGUCUGUGAGUCUUAAGUAGUAGGAAGUUCGAGUCCUUUUGAAUUCGGCACCAGAAACACGGAGCAGCUCUUCCAAACAUGGAGAGACUACGACGACCCUCCAUCGUUCUGCUUCUGCUCGCAUGUUCGGGAUGUUUUCGAGCUACAGUUGCAGAUGACUGCUACCUGGUGGCACCGAACGUGUUCCGCCUCGGCUCCAAGGAAACGGUGGCGGUGGCGGUCGAAGGUGGGGCUGCUCAAGAGGUUCGAGUCAGCCUGCAGAAGCACCCGAAUCAGCGGGGUGUCUUCUUCACCGAGACACGCACAGUCUCCCCAAGAAGGCCCGAAGUCUGGGAUGUCGGCGUGGAGCUCGCGGACCUCCCCGACUUGACACUCGGCAAAGCUCCGGUUUACGUGACGCUCGAAGUCAAGUGUGGGUCUCUGUGGACCAGGAGUGCUCAAGUGUUGGUGAGCCCAAAGUCCGGAGAGCACCUCUUCUUGCAGACCGACAAGCCCAUCUACCAUCCGGGAAGCGCAGUAAAGAUACGAUUUAUUGCAAUGGACGAAACGCUUAGACCUUCCAACAAAAAAUUCAAGGUGGAAAUACAGAACCCUCAAAACGUCACGGUGGAGGCACGAGACUUCGAGCCUACGACAGGACCUAUGCUAACCCAUGUGGUCACGCUGCCCGAACACACCCUGCUGGGCGAAUGGAAGGUCGUGGUCAAGUACGGCUACAAGUUUGAACAGAAUGAGACUGUAACGUUUGAGGUGAAGGAGUACGUUUUACCGAGGUUUUCAGUGGAGCUCAGCACCGUGAAAUACGUCCCAGACAACUUCACAGAUGUGCCGUUCUUCGUCCAUGCAAGAUUUCUGAACACGCAGCCUGUUCAAGGGGUCGUCCAGUAUCGCUUCGGCCUCAAAAGUGAAGCUGGCAAACAACAGUGGAUCGGCAACGGAAAAGAGCCCAAACUCCUUAUUGACGGAAUAGCACGUUUCCAAGUGGGCAGAGACAGCAUUGCGCGGCGUCUGGGAGCUCCUCUGGAGAGUCUGUUCCGUGGCCGAUACCGCCUGGUGAUCGAGGCCACGGUGACCGAAGAGGCGACCGCCGCCAAGCAGUCUGCUCGCAACGAGAAGGCCGUCUUCUCCACCACGCCGUUCGUCAUCUCCACGAGCAAGAGCCAGAAGAGCUUCAAGCCUGGCGUAAAGACCUAUGCCAUCGCCCAAGUGACGUACCUGAACGGAGAUGCUGCCCGAGGAAUCGAGAUGCAGUUGACAAACAGGGGUCCGAAGAACCUAAGCACGAAGGCAACCACAGACAAUGAUGGCAUCGCCACAUUUCCCAUCUCGACAGCAAUCAACGACGAUUCCCUGAACUUGAAGGUGGAAACAAUCGACAAAGCGUUUCGACAGAGCGAGCAGGCCCAAGUUGAGUUCCAGCUUUCGAAGUAUGAGCAUACAGCAAGAGGCUUCAUAGCGAUCGAAAGAAGAGAUCCCAAAAAAAAGUCCAGGCCCAACGAAAUAUACGAAGCUGUGCUGUUUACCUAUCCUCCAAACAAGGUUUCUUCUGUAUAUUACGUGGUGCUGUCCAGGGGCCGGAUCCUGAAGGCGGAGGUGCUGGAGGAAGGCCAGAUCAUCGAGCGGGGCUUGAAGUUUGUCGUCACUACGGAAAUGACUCCCAGCUUUCGGGUGGUCACCUUCGCUCGAAUCGACGGUCACAUCGUCAGUGACUCCAUCUACGUGAGCGCAGAACCUACCUGCUCGGUGGCCUCACAGUUCAACAUGACGCUGGCCAAGUCGUACAGCCAACUGGCCGAACCAGGAUCUUCCCAAACCCUGGUAAUCACGGGUACUCCGGGCACCCAGGUGGGCGUCUUGAGCGUCGACCAGGCCGUCUAUCUGCUCCGGAGAAAGGACCUCUUGACGCGAGAGAAGCUCUUCCAGCAGCUGGACGCCAAAGACCUGGGCUGCGGAGCGGGAGGUGGCACCGACUCCGUCCAAGCCCUGCACGACGCCGGGGUGCUGCUGCUGGCCAACACGAACGACGACCGCCCCAAGCGAAACGAUUUGUCCUGCCAACCGCGACAUCGCCAGAAGAGAGAGGCACCCCUCAGCGUUGAGGACACUUAUCAGGAUCCCGUGGAACGCGAGUGCUGCUCGCGAGGCCUGAAGCGCGACAAAUUCCUGAGGUCCUGCUCCGAACGUGUGGACGUGCUAAGGGAGUACAGGGAUCACGACGAGUCACUGAUCACGGAAGAAUGCAUCGCAGCCUUUGCGACGUGCUGCGAGCAGAAGGAAGAGCUCGAGGCGAGUGCCAGAUCGGGGGACAAGGACGGCGACAGUCUGGACGACGGGGAAUUCGAAUACGACGGAACUGUACGCCAUGAUUUCAGAGAAACCUCGCUCUUUAAUCAGUACACCAUCGGAAACGACCGGAGAGUGGAAGUUGAGUACUCGCUGCCGGACUCGAUCACGACGUGGGAAGUGAACGCAGUGAGCACAGCCCCUUUAGGCGGCAUCUGCGCUUCGGAGCCUCUUGAGAUCGUCGCCUUCAAGAACGUCUUCGUGGAGAUCAACGUGCCCUACUCGGUGCGAAAGAACGAGCAGGUCGAGAUUCCCGCCACCGUUUACAACUACGGCCAGAAAACCAUCAAGGCCAGGGUGGCGCUCCGGGGCACCAAGGACAUCUGCUCCGGCACCAGGGAGGGCGAGAGGUCGGCCAUUCACAGGAUCGACGUUCCGAGCGGCCACGGCAGGACCGUUAUCUUCCCGGUGAUUCCGCUCGCCACUGGGGAGCGCUACAUCGAAGUGAUCGCCGUGAGCAGCGCGGGCAGUGACUCGGCCAGGGUCAAGCUGAAGAUUGAGCACAAUGGUGCCCCCCGAAACGAAUCUUUCAACGUACCCCUGAAUCCCACCGACGUUAAGAAGCGACAACAGCGCAGCAUCUUCCACGAACACUACACGGAGAGCUACGCCACCAACGGCCGGCAGCUUGUUCAGAUCCGGCGGCCCAGUCCGGACAUCGCAAUUCCGGGUUCCGAGCACUGCGAGAUCGGCAUUAUCGGCGACAAACUCGGUCCGGCGCUAGAGACAAUGGUCAAAAAUCCCGGAAGCAUCAUGAGUAUGCCCACCGGAUGCGGAGAGCAAACCAUGAUCAGUCUGGCCCCAACCCUGUACGCUUACCAGUACCUGAGAGCCGUGGGAAGUAUCGGCGGUCCGUACGAAGACCACGCUCUCGGCUUCAUUCGUGAAGGCUACAAGAGGAUCCUGACUUACAGAAAACCUGACGGGUCUUUCGCCGUUUGGACCGAUCAUCCUUCCAGUCUCUGGCUGACGGCGUUUGUCCUUCGGAACCUGUGCGAAGCCCGAAAGUCAACCAUGAUCGACGAGGCGGUGAUAACCAGCGGAUUGCGGUAUAUAAUGACGCAACAGCAACAGAACGGAAGCUUCAAAGACGCCUAUCAUCUGCACCACAAAGAACUUCUGGGCGGCGUUGACGGACCGGUGCCUUUGUCGGCCUACGUCCUGCUCACGCUGCAAGAAUGCAUCAAGGAUGGGGUCAGGGUGGACGACCUGGACGUGUCCAGGGCCCGAGCGACCAACUUCGUGGAGAACAACCUGGAGUCUGGUUCGCCGCCGUACACCCUGGCGCUUGCAGCGUACGCUCUCGCCCUGAGCGACAGCCCCAACAGACUCACGGCGCUCGAGUGGCUCAGGAACGUCGUUGUCCACGACCAGGUGGCGGAUACUCGGCAUGUGCCGUCGACCACGCUACCGCUGACGAUCCAGGGAACAGCCUACGCCCUGAUGGCCUUCCUCUCCGAGAGAGAGAACCGGGACUACGUCGACGGAUACGUCCGCUGGCUCAACGGCAAGAUGCAGCCCACGGGAGCCUUGUCGUCCACCCAGGACACUGUGGUGGCGCUUCAGGCGCUCGCCAAGUACGCCACCGUCAGCAAGGACGACAACAUCGACCUCACGUGCCAAGUGACCGUGAGCAAACCGAGCGAGUUCAAGGAGGUCGUCCGAAUCAAGCGAGACAACGCCCAUCAGCUCACUAGGAUUCCGAUUCCAAGCGAGGGGGAUAAGAUCUUCGUCGACGUGAGAGGCUCGGGCUCUGCUCACAUGUAUUUCCUCUACAAGUACAACGCUCCCGUUGAACGCGAAGACAUAUGCAAGUUCCACAUCGCUGUCAACUUUGAGGAAAAGAAACCAGACAUUCAACAUCUUUUAACACGCAUUGCAAGAGAUGCCAGUAAGCAACGGCGAAUGAAGUCCAAGCUCAGUAGCAUGUACAAGAUUAAGGUGUGCGCAAGAUACCUGGAGCGGAAUGCUACGGGAAUGGCCAUCCUGGACGUUGGUCUUUUGACAGGUUUCAAGCCUAUUGUCGAAGACCUCAAGAAGCUUGUCACUGACGGAGUAGUUCAAUUCUACGAACUGACACGUCGUAGCGUCAACUUUUACGUUGAAUCUAUUCCCACGAAUGCUGAGGUGUGCCUGGAGUUUGGGCUCGACAAGGAGUUCGAGGUCGGGCAGAUCCAGUCCAGCUACGUCAAGGUGUACUCCUAUUACGAUCCAGAUACUUCCUGCACGGAGUUCUACGCCCCCGACAACUCGAGCCCCCUGCUGAAGCUGCACUGCGACGACACCGAAGUCUGCGCGUGUGCCGAAGGGGGCUGUCUACCCGAGAAACCUUUGGCACCUUUCGUCAAGGAAAUCGACGACGUUAACGAGCGUCGGGAGAGCCUGAGAGAGUUUGUCUGCGAUAAGGUGGACUACGUCUGGCUAGGGACGGCGCAAGAGAACUACACGAAGGACGGCUUCAAGUUCGUGAAAUUCUUGAUCAAGGAAGUUCUCAAACCAGGUCGCGAAGCUGAAGAGGACCUGAAGGGCAAGGCUCGGCACAUCAAGGCUCGUGAGCGGUGCGCCAGCUUCAACCUCGAGCUGAGCAAAGAAUACGUCGUCAUGGGGCUGGACUCUGAGUACCAGGAGCACGUGGAGCACGGACUGGUCCAGCCGCUUUACAUCAUGGACACCGCUGCCGUGGUGUUCCCGAAGGCCACGCGGGACAAACAGACACGAGACCUCGUGACGUGGUUCAUCAGGGAAUUCUCAAACGAAGAAUCUCGCUGUUUUACCUGAUAGAAAGUGGUUGAGGGUACCACCCAAAGUAAAAUAAACUUCCUGGGGUACGCCA